GUUGCUGGAGGAAGAGGCCUCUAAGAGGGCAGAGCUGGAAAGGUGGCACUUGGAGCAGCAGCAGGCCAUUCAGAUGACCGAGGCGGAGAAGCAGGAGCUGGAGCAGCAGCGUGUGAUGAAGGAGCAGGCGCUGCAGGAGGCCAUGGCACAGCUGGCACAGCUCGAGCUGGAGCGGAAGCAAGCACUGGAGCAGUAUGAGGAAGUUAAAAAGAAGCUGGAGGUGGCAACUAGUACGACCAAGAGCUGGAAGGACAAAGUGGCCCAUCAUGAGGGACUAAUACGAUUGAUAGAACCAGGUUCAAAGAACCCUCACCUGAUUACUAACUGGGGACCUGCAGCUUUCACCCAGGCAGAGCUGGAGGAGAGAGAGAAGAAUUGGAAAGAAAAAAAGACCACGGAGUGACAGCAUCCAGCAGAAGUGCCUCAGUCAGAGGCAGAGGUGCCAAGGGAGGCUGGAGAACUGUACACGGAAGACAAAAGAAACUUGCUUUGCUCCUCUUAACUCUUCUCCCCUUAGGGCCUUUGCUGGGGCAGUUUCCUAAGGAGGCCUUAUUUACCUUCCUGCAAAUAAGGACUUACCUGAAAAGAAAACAAAAAAAAGCCAGUAUCUGUCAAGUGCUUUAUUUACUCUUUCUUUGGAACCUGCAGCUUCUGAAAGUUACAUUUAGCUCAGACUCACCGAUUCUUUUCUGAGUGAGACUGACUGCAGACCCGUCAGCUCCAGGGUUUGGAGGGCACUGGGUCUGGGUGCUCAGGCCCCGGGACAAUCAGAACCUCUGUGGACUGGGUGUCAGCUCCUCCCUGGGCCAGCUUGUUUCUUCUUCUGAGUGUGGUUUUUUAAUAAGAUUGGCCAGUGUGCUUGCCGGGUGACAUGGAAGGCCUUUGACCAUUGUUGCUCUGAUGGAGAAGUCACAGAGUCAUUGCCAUUUCCUGGGUGUCCUUCUAGAUGUGUAGUUAGUGGUUGGUGAGGUUGCAUCCACUAAGGUCUUUCUUUCCCUAGGGGUCAUGCACUUGGCAAGUGUCAUUCCUAUCUCCUUUGCCCUCAUCUCAAAGGAAACAUCCCCUUGCCAUCCUCUCACCCUCAUUCUUUUGGCUCUUCUCUUUCUCUGUCCAGUCCUGAGAGAGCUAUGUUGAAUAGCAGAGAAGCUAAUUAGAAAUAAAAAUAGUUUUGAUAAUUUAUAAAGCAGGCUGUGCAUGUGGAUGGACAACGGGAGGUUGCACUGUGCGCUGAUGAAGUUUAAAAUGCCAUCAAGAUGAAGUCACUCUGUUAGCCAGGCCGUGAUGUGAACUUUCAUUAGGUGGACAUGUUCUGCUUUCCCGUCCUCCGUGGGUGACAUGGAGGAAACGCUCAGUAAAAAUAAGGAAAUGGAAACUGGGGUCAUAGUUCCCAGGCAUCGGAUUUGAGUGGAGCAUCAAGGAAGGUUUUCACAUAUCUCCUGUUUUUGCACUGAGAGUAGAAUUCACAAAAUGAUGUUUCCAACACUUGUUAUAAUUUAUAAGCAGCAGUAGCUCAAUGGACAACGAUGGUUCUUAGAAUUUAAAGAAUAUGGGGGUGAUUCAGUUGUUACAGGAAAUGCAGAACCCAGUAGAACGGCUGCAUUCCUUCUCUACAUGCAUUUAAGUGAGGACAGAGAACCUCAUGUGUUCUUCCCCUGGUUCCUGCCUCAAGGUAGACAAGAAGCCAUUCCAAAAAGAUGUCCACAUCUAGAGUGUAUGGUUUUAGAGAUUUUAGUGUGUGUAUUUAUUUACAUGACAGGAAACUGGAAUAUAAUAUAAUUCCAUAAAUCUUCACUUUUUAUGACCGGAAAAUAGUUGCUAAUGAAAGGGUCUUCAGAAAAUUGUCAUGAAGUUUUUGCUGUUUACAAGUAUAACUUUAAUAAUGUCUUAGGGUUGCCUCAUAAAGUUUAGAUUUUUAUCUAAAAUAUCUUUGUAGUGUGUGUCUUCCAAAUUGAAUAGCCAGUUUGGGUGUUGGUUUCUGCCCAGUCACUUAUCACUAUUGCCAUUUUCUUCACUCACCGGAGGAAUGGAACCUUUUCUGUGGUUCGAUUAUGUCUCAUACCAGGGGACUCCAGUGUUCCUCAUAACAAAUGAAGAAAAGAUACUUUACAAAGAAGCCAGUGACCUGUGAAAUCUGGGUAGAAACAGCAUGGCCUUGGGAGUCCAAGAGUCCCUGUGUGGGAAGGAUGGUUGUAGAAUACGCAGAUUUCUGCUUAGGGAUAUGGAGAAAUAGACCUGCAGAGUCCCAUUGCAGAAUGUCCUUCCUUAACCCUGGCUUUUCCACAAGAAAUGGCUGCUCCUGUCGGCCUCACUGUCUGGCCUGGACCACCAGUCUGAAGACCGCCUGCUUUCUGGUCACGUGAACCUCACCUGGACCAAGCAGUAAUCCGGGUGGUAUGCAGGAGGUGGAUGUGACACAUGGCACUGCUGACUUAACCCUGGCUUUAGUGGCGUGGCACUGUCUCCAGGAGCGGGAACUCUGCAGACCCUUUGUGGGAUGAUGUUUGAUUAAUUGAUUUCCUUCUCCUGUUUAAAGUGGUUUCAAUUGUCAAGGUCCUUACAGACCCCUUGGUUUUACUUUUGUACUUACUGUACAGAAAAUUUCAGGUGUGUUUUGAUCUCUGUCAUAA